AUGGAGGGUCGCUGGUAUACAGAACGAAGCUCAGGGCUGAGCUUCACCUUACCACAACGAGAAGAUCAGGAGGCAAUCACCUCCCUGGAGCUGCUGCUGCUGGGCGCUGCGUGGCUGGCAGGCCCGGUCCGCGCGCAGAAUGAGACGGAGCCCAUCGUACUGGAAGGCAAGUGCCUGGUGGUGUGCGACUCCAACCCCACGUCGGACCCCACGGGCACAGCUCUGGGCAUCUCCGUGCGCUCCGGCAGCGCCAAGGUGGCGUUCUCUGCCAUCCGGAGCACCAACCAUGAGCCGUCCGAAAUGAGCAACCGCACCAUGAUCAUCUACUUCGACCAGGUGCUAGUGAACAUCGGGAACAACUUUGACUCCGAACGCAGCACUUUCAUUGCCCCGCGCAAAGGGAUCUACAGUUUUAACUUCCACGUGGUAAAAGUCUACAACCGGCAGACCAUUCAGGUGAGCCUCAUGUUAAACGGGUGGCCGGUGAUUUCGGCCUUCGCUGGGGACCAGGAUGUGACCAGGGAGGCCGCCAGCAAUGGAGUCCUAAUCCAAAUGGAGAAAGGCGACAGAGCAUACCUCAAGCUGGAGCGGGGGAACUUGAUGGGGGGCUGGAAGUACUCGACCUUCUCCGGAUUCCUCGUGUUUCCCCUCUGACUGGCUCCUCACGGGAUGGAGGCCGGGAGAGGGCGAAGGCAGGAGGAAGGCUGGAGGGGGAGAGACAAAGAGGCUGAAAUUAAGAAGGCCAGAAAGCGGCACCACUUGAAACUUCCCAUGCAUCCCCCAGCCUCAACGGGUUAUCAGGCGCGCACAGGCGGCGGUGGGACAGCUUGGUGUGUCUCCUUGUUAGAAGUAAAUUCCGCUUAGCUCUGUGCACUCCCGUUUCCAAAAAUAAACUCGCCUCCCCCAAUUCAGUUGCAGUAAUCAAGAAAAGAGACUGCCUUGUCACUGUUUCUUACUCCCAUGUUCAAGUUCCCAGUGAUUUAUUUAAAAGAAUCUUUGUAUUUAACUAUAUAAUGUGAACUGUUUCUCCCUAUCCCCCCCAACCCUUCCACUUACUGAAAUCUAAUUUUCCUCUCUUCUUUUUUAGUUUGGAGAGGGACUUUUUUUGUUUUGUUUUGUUUUCUGAUUUUGUUUCUGAAUGGGGAAAGUAGUUUUAAUUUGACAAGUAUAACUCUCCUUAAAACACUGCUCAAGAGUUAAUUAGCUGAAGAUACUUUGUAUCCUCGGCUGCCUGUUAGCCGAGAGAGGACUCAGCUCACUCGUGACUGGUUUAAAAUAUACAUGAUAUAUAUCAUUUGUAUACAAAGAACUCUUCCCAGUGGAAACUGGCCGUGUUUCGUAUUUCUAUGUUCUAUUCGGAGUGAUCGUGAUUCUAAGGCUGCUUGGUGUUCUGAUGCUUGCCAACGCCCUCGUGCUCUGUGGCCCCACUAAACGCCCAGGAGGGUCUUCCGGACACUUCCUCACCCUCUGUAACAUACGUGUCAAUAGCCAAGAUUUAAUUUUGCUUUAAUCCAAUAAAGUUGAAGUGGGACUUUUUAUUUUUCUGCAACAGCGUUCUGAAUUCCACAUCUUCCCAGACUGCGAAGGUGAAGAUGGGGGCCAAGGGUGCUCAGGGAUAGGUCCAGAGAGGCAGGAAACAUGAAAAUGCCACCAGAAAGGCCCAGCGCAAAGGUUGAUGUGAAGCUGGUUUGGCGCUCCCGCCUGCACCAGGCCUAAGCCGGCCCUGCUUCAUCUGUGCGCUCUGCUUUGGCACAAACCUAAAAAUUGUGCCUGAAACCGUGCUAGACCAGGAGUGGCCCUGUCUGGGAGCAACGUUUGAGUUUUUCGGAUUCUGAAUGCACCAGAAUGAGCACCGUUCAAAAACCCUAAACCAGCCUUCUUGGAGUGACAGCUUCCCCGAGCCUGCUGCAUCUGGAUGUCCCUAACCCUCGUCCGCUCCGCAGUUACCGAAGCAGAGUACAUACAUUUUUAUACCACCGUCUCUGAAUCCGGAGUCGCAGGCCAAAAGACCCAGCGCCCUGGAUCUGUGAUCGCACUCAUUCGCAGGACUUUUACUGGAGAGGUUCGUCCAGGAAUUUUGAUUGUAUCAGGACAUAAUGUGAAAGCAA